AUGAGUAAUUCGCUCCCAAAGACGUACAAGGCCGCUGUGCUCGAGAAGACCGGAGGUAAACUUGUCCUCAAAGACGUGCCUCUCAAGAACCCUGGACCGGGCGAGGUUCUCGUCAAGGUCCUGGCCAGCGGCGUCUGCGGCACCGACGCCGGCGUCCAGCAGGGACAUUUCGGCGACAUCUUCCCACUUGUUCUAGGGCACGAGUAUGUCGGCGAUGUGGUGGCCGUCGGCGAGGGCGUGACCAAGGUCAAGGUCAACGACCGAGUCGGCGGCGGCUGGCACGGAGGACACGACGGCGCCUGCCGCUCCUGCCAGCGCGGCUUCUACCAGACCUGCGACAACAAGGCCAUCAACGGCGUCAGCAAGGACGGCGGCUACGCCGAGUACGCCCUCCUGCGCGCCGAGGCCGCCGUGCGCCUGCCCUCCGACAUCGACCCGGCCCAGGCCGCGCCCCUGCUGUGCGCCGGCGUCACCGUCUUCAACGGCAUGCGCAAGCUGCACGUCGAGCAGGGCAACCUCGUCGCCGUCCAGGGGCUCGGCGGGCUCGGCCACCUCGCCGUGCAGUACGCGCGGGCCAUGGGCUACCAGGUCGCCGCGCUGUCGUCGUCGGGCGCGCCCGACAAGCGCGAUUUCGCCAGGAAGCUCGGCGCGCACGAGUUCGUCGACACCAGCGCCGAGGACGCGGCCGAGGCGCUGGCCGGGAUGGGCGGCGCGGCGCUCAUCGUCGUCACGGCGCCGAACCCGGAGGUCAUCUCGCCGCUCGUCGGCGGCCUGCAGCCCGGCGGCAAGCUGCUGUGCCUGGCGCCCGUCGGCCCCGUGCCGUUCGACACGGUGGCCCUGGUGACCAAGGGCGCGUCGGUGCACGGCUGGCCCUCGGGCCACGCGCUCGACUCGGAGGAGGCCGUCAGGUUUGCGCAGACGCACGGGGUCGAGUGCAUGGUUGAGAAGUUCCCGCUGAGCGACGUCCAGAAGGCGUUUGACCACAUGACGUCGGGCAAGGCCCGUUUCAGGGCCGUGCUGACGAUGUGA